GAGUUCAUAAAGGAGAGACGUUUGGUUGUAUCCAUCACGGUGCGAACUUGUCCAGGUCAACCGCCAUCCCUCUUGUCCUUGUGUUGGCUCGCGUGUUUCCCCUCCGUCCUUCAUAAGCCUCGGGUCUGCUAUCCUGUGUUUCCCCCUUCCAGGAUUCAUACGCCUUUUCAGUAACGACCUCCUUUCUUCGGUUUCACCAUGAGCGUACUUGUCGCAGCAAAGUUUCCCAGUAUCACUGCUACCCUCGUCUCUUGCGCCGUCUCAGCUUUUUUUCUACUCCUCAUUCGACUUGUUUUGUCAGUCGCACGGGCCCCAUACUUCGCAAAAGUCUAUCCCAGUACCGACAGUCUUGAGAAGAUUAGCAUAGCUGCUUCUUUGUCUUUUUUCACUUCUGGUUGGUAUCACAACCUCCACUGGGAUGCUCUUCCCCCUUUUUUACCAUUUUCUAUGGGUCAAAAAUCAGCUUUCCAAGUGGGCACGGGCAUGAGUGCCCAUAUGUCACCGAAGGCAUCGGAGGCAAUGGCCGUCAGCUGGCGGUCACGGCGACCUAGACCAAACUUCCAGCCUCCUCUUGCCGCCCUCUAUGAAAACCCUGUACCUCUUUCGAUGGCCAAAAUAAUCAUGUCGCGACACACGUUCCGUCGACCAAAUCCUAACCGUGCUCGGCAGACAGCACCUUCGCUGAACCGUCCACCAACGCAACCGACGUCUCGCCUAUUUCACUCAAUAGCAUAAUAUGGAAUCCAUUAUUUCCGUGCUUCAAACGCAUUCGAUGUCCUCGCGCAUCGCGCACUACACACGACGGAAAUAAAAUAUACCUUUCACGCAGUUACAAGUUACGGACAAUCACUAAUACGGACAGAUUACGAUCUUUCUCAGGACUCGUUUUUCCAUGAACCUCAUGAUACUGUCAAGGAAAAUUUCCGGUUUUAUUUAUGACCAGGACAGAUAGAGUAUCGUCAUACUAUCAUGUGGUGGCUGGAGCGGUUGAGCGGGAUGAUUUUUGGAGGAGUGUAGUGGACUUAAUGCCAAGUUUUUCGUGUACAUGGACUAACCUUCUUCUUUUUCGAUUUACUCUUGCUUUAUUUUCUUUUUAUUCGCUUCUAGUUAUCUAUCUACUUUGCGUUGUUAGCACGAUAUCCUACUAGAUACUCUGAUUGUCGUACAGUAAUGAAAUGAUAAGCAAUUCAAAAUCUCUUGUCUACCAAA